GGCAAACAGGAAGUACCCUCCUAAUCCAUUCCACGGGGGCUUUGAGCAGCAGUGUAAUGGUUCCGGAGGAGGAAUGACACGUGGCUCCGGAAGGGGGGCGGAGAGAGGGUGGAGGCAGCUGGUGAUGGCAGGGGUCGAGAGGAGAUCGGACAGCGGAUGAUGUGGGGAGGAAGAGUCCUGUUGCUGUGCUUGAUAUGCCUAGCCUUCCAACUCGGUGCUACGUGCCCACCGGGCAGUCGUGCUUGUGAGCCUGCCAGCCUCUCUUCUUUGGAUGCCUGGAUUUGCUCCAUAAUCGGCUCCCUGCUUGUGGGGCUUAGCGGGGUCUUUCCGCUGCUGAUCAUUCCCAUUGAAACCGGGGCAGAACUGCGGUCAGAAAAGAACUCCCAAAGGCUGAAACGGCUUCUGAGCUUUGCGAUUGGUGGAUUACUGGGCGAUGUGUUCCUGCAUCUGUUACCUGAGGCCUGGGCUUAUACCUGCAGUGCAACAACAGGGAGUUAUCAGUCCCUACAGCAGCAAAGGCUCCUCGGCCUAUGGGUCAUCAUUGGAUUCCUCAGCUUCUUAAUCCUGGAGAAAACAUUUUCGGAUGAGAAACAUGAAGAGCAAGUUGACACCACCACCACAAAAGUGGCCAGAGAGAGUGUGAUAAAUGGAAAGCACAAUGGCAAGCAGGAAAGCCCCACGCACAAACCAUCCAAUGACCACAUCAAGGUCAGUGGCUAUCUCAACCUUCUGGCCAACACCAUUGAUAACUUCACGCAUGGCAUGGCAGUAGCAGGCAGUUUCUUAGUCAGUAGAAAGGUGGGAAUCCUCACUACCGUGGCCAUCUUGUUACACGAAAUCCCUCAUGAGGUUGGGGAUUUCGCAAUCCUGCUGCGGGCCGGGUUCGACCGAUGGAAUGCCGCCAGGCUGCAACUGACCACAGCGCUGGGUGGAAUGUUGGGAGCUGCCUUUGCUCUUUGUGCCCAGUCCCCAAAGGGAGCAGGGGAGGCAGUGGCUUGGAUUCUACCAUUCACAUCUGGGGGGUUCCUGUACAUUGCACUAGUGACCGUUCUACCCGACCUCAUAGAGGAGAAAAAUGUCAGGAACUCUCUCGGACAGGUCCUGUUGAUCUGCUGUGGGAUUGCAGUGAUGACGGCCUUGUCUCUGGUAGUGGAAUGAGAAGAGCAAUGGGCCAGGGGAGGACCAACCAGAAAUAACAUCUCUGGUUUGGUUUACCUGUACCUGUUCCUUUCAGUAGACCCUCAGCCAAACCCAUGGCACUCCAUUCACUGCUGCUAGCCAAUCAUCUUGGGCAAUCCAGCUGCCAGAGAGGAUUAUGAGAGCAAUGGUUGAAUCGUCACGUCUCUAUCUAUGGUUUCUGAAUUGUUCUCUUACUCGCACGCUCCUUGCCCUGUGCUUCUAUCACUUGUUUAAGCACGUGGUCGCUCGUAUUGAUACAUUCUGUCAGCUUCUCUCUCUG